CAAACCUUGUGGUCAUAAAAACGASGUUUACAAUUUCGUAAAAAUUUCAAUCUCGUUUUACAUGUGGCUAUUUUUUCUGCUGUUGAAUUUGGAAGCGUUGAUAAAUCUUGUCAAUUUCAUAUCUGCUCCAGUUUUUAAUUGAUAGUCAGACCAGGAGAUCUUUAAAAACUUUUAGAAAAGAUGUCUUCAGAGAUUCCGGAGAUUUUCAAAGCUCUGCUAGAGGACCCCUUCACUGUUCCUACAUUUGAUUAUAACGACAAUGACAAGGAUAAGCUUUUUACGGGGGACAAUGUGGACCUUGGAGGAGGGAGCGGGAUGGGUCCGUCGGCCGCCCUGACCCCCGCCAUCUGGGACAAGACCAUCCCGUACAACAGGGAGACCUUCCACCUGGAGUACAUGGACCUGGAGGAGUUCCUCAUCGAGAACGGCAUCCCCACCUCGUCCCUGGACAAUGCUCUCAACAUGAAAAUUGCAGAGAAGAAGACAAAGAAGCCAACCAGCACCGCGACAGCCCCAGACGCCCCAAUCUCCCUGCUGCCGGUCCUGGAACUAGACCAGUGUGAAGAGGAGGUGGUCACCAUCACCCUCAACAGUGCUGAUAUCACAGGCAACACCGAGGUGGUGACAGACAAGGACAGGCUGACCCCUGAAACCAUCGACCCGGAGGAGAUUGAGGUGAACGUGAACUUUGAUCCGGACCCUACAGACCUGGUCCUGUCCAGCGUUCCUGGAGGAGAGCUGUUCAACCCACGCAAACACAAGUUCUCAGAGGAGGAACUCAAACCACAGCCCAUGAUCAAGAAGGCCAAGAAGGUGUAUGUACCUGAGGAUUCUAAGGAUGAGAAGUACUGGCAGAGGAGGAAGAAGAACAACGUGGCGGCGAAGCGUUCCCGGGACGCGCGCCGACUCAAGGAGAACCAGAUCACGGUGCGGGCGGCGUUCCUGGAGCGUGAGAACACGGCACUACGACAGGAAGUGGGCGAGCUACGGAAUGACUUUGCCCGCAGCAAGAAUGUUGUGGCCCGCUACGUGGCCAAAUUCGGAGAGCUUGCAUUGCUGGAAGACCAGUAGACUAUUGUUGAUUUACAGUGGGGCAAAAAAGUAUUUAGUCAGCCACCAAUUGUGCAAGUUCUCCCACUUAAAAAGAUGA